UUAAAUUAAAAAAAUAUACGAGGGGAGCCCCGACGGGUCAAACACAAAGCCGGCGUAACAUGGAGGGAGGAGGGAAGCAGUCGCGCUUGCUGGGUCGACUGCUGGGAAAACUGCGUGGCGACCACCAUCGUUACAACGUUCUUGAUAGGCAUUUAUCAGUUACUUCAUCGGGUACGGUGGAAAGCAUGCAAUUUGAAGGCGUAGAGAAAGAAGAGGAAGAGGUGGAUGUCGCCAUGCAUCCUCAUGUCACGUCGGUCUCGCCACCCCCGUCAUACCAUACGCCCGUCGACGAAGAUCAGUUCCCUGCUAACAUAGAUUUGAGGUAUGGUGGACAAUACUUGACUCCAGAGCAGCUGCCGGAAUUUUGUGACCAACUCCACAACUUGGUUGAAGUCAUCAGGAAUAUACAGUCUUACGCAAAGGUCACUGGAGAGUACCCAAGUUUAUUAGAACGACGACUAGAGCAAGAAGCCCAAGAGGUGGCAGCCCUUGCCGCUGAGGCGCGUAACGCAAGAGACGUCAUCAGCCGAAUUCGUGUACAGCGACGUGCCGUCCGAGUUCAACGCAAGCAUCUCGCCACUCACUUGGCGACCUUGAAAGAUACUGAAGUUCGAGAACUGGAAAGUACAGUAAGGCUGUCUGAUAGAAAAUUGUUCAAGAGUUGGGAAUCAUUAAAAGACUCUUCAGAAGUAGCCGAUUUCGAGCCACUCCUCAGUGAAAUAAAGAACAAGCAAACUGCAUUGGAAUGUCUCAUUCGACUAAUUGAUAGCCGCCGAACAACAAUAGCUCGUCACGUGACGUCGCCACAACCUUUGCCACCACCGUUGCCGCGUGAAAAUAACGAAGAAUCUAACGCGGCCAGUGCGUCAAAUGGGCAUAGGCGACAAGAAGGCGUACGGCGAGUUAAUGUUAAGCGGCGGCGUAAGGAAGCUGCACGGGAGCCUCGCUCUGUACCGCUCUCCGGAGAGCCCAGCCAUCACGGCUCGCAACCCCAGGUGACCUUGUUCAUACAAGGUACCGCGGGCAAUGAGCAUGCGUCGAGAUACCGCGUAGGCAGCGCGGGAGCCGUCACCCUCACUCCUCUAGAGCUGCCUUCUCGUGGUAGUGUCAGAGAUAUACUGUUUUUUACAUCGUAAUUGAUCACCUACCUGCUUAGCAUUGUCUUUAUUAUUAGUCUACAAAUAAUACACAAUCAAACCCG